CGAGCAGUCGGACAGGUCCUGGAGGGAGCAGCACAGGAAGAGGUCAUUCAGCCCAAGAAGAGCGUGUGGGCAGUUCCUCCCCAGGCGAGCAGUCGGACAGGUCCUGGCUUGAGGGUGAGCAGCUGAUGAAGUAUCUGGGAGUGGACAAUGAUCGGGAAAUCUUACUUCCUCCUGUCACUUCUCCAAGUUGGACUGUCACAAGAGUGGAAAGGUGACACUCCACGAGAGGUGACAGUGCAGGAAGGUUCGUGUGUACAGAUUCCAUGUCAUUACAGUUAUCCAUCGUGUCUGGAAAACCAACCACGAGGUGGAAUCUGGUUUAAUAAUGAGAAACAGAUUCCCUGGACUCCCCUUGCCUUUCACUCCAAGGAUCACAAUCACGAGUUACCACGGUUCCACCAUCGGACCCGGCUGUCUGGAGACCUGAAAGAUGGCGACUGUUCCCUGAUUAUAAACAACAUCAGACGGGAAGAUGCAGGACCUUAUUUUUUCAGAAUAGAAUUUGACAAUGGUCCGAGCCAUAACUAUUACCCUGUAACCCAGCUUCACGUUUCUGAUUUCACAGAUAAACCCACGAUAUUCCCUGCUGAAAUUAUUGCAGGAAAGCGUGUGGAUGUAAGCUGCACCUUCAACACAACGUGCAAUGGAACAGCAGCACCUGUCUUAACCUGGGACACUCCCACUGACGUACCUGGAUCAGUCUCAAACACUGUAACUCAGAAUGGUGUCACUCUGACCUAUACUUCUGUUCUGACCCUCAUCCCAUCACUCAAACACCACGGACACACUCUCAGCUGCAGAGUGAGAUAUCCAUCUGUUUCAUCAGAGCGGACCUUCGUACUAACUGUGCAAGACAGUGGAGGAGAGAUUCUGCACGUGAUCCAGAUCCUGGGAAUACGAGCUGUGAUAUUCCUUGUGGCUGUGGUUAUCACUAUCGCUGGAGUCUGUGUCUGGGAGGGACAAACUGUGAAAGGAAGUCGACAGACUGUUUAA